AUUGUUUCUUACUGAUCCAAAAAGAAAACCACAAAUAGAGAAUACUUUUUCCAUUAUCAGAAGGCUACCAUCAAUAACAAGAAAAUGUAAAUUGCUUACUAAAGCACCUUUAUUUAAAAGAGUAACAGGAAUACAACAAGUUUUUGACAUUAGAAAUGAAUUUAAUAUUG